AUGAAAUGUUUAAAUCAUCAAAGAUCAUUUGAAUUCAUUUGUUAUCAAUGUAAUAGUUUGAUGUGUUCAAAAUGUAUCUUCAAUCAUCACAAAGAUCAUCCUGAUCAUUCAGAUAAAAUCGAAGAUAUCGAUGACAUCAAACAUUCAUUGAGUACAUUAAAGUUAGAUGAUAUUAUUGAUACCACAACAACAACAACCAAUAAUCAAAUUAAUAAUGAUACUAAAGAUAAUAUAGAUGAUAAUAAUAAUAGAAACUCUUUCAUUUCACAAAUCAACAAUAAACUUAAAUCUAUAUGGGAAUCAUUAAGAUCAUCGACAUCCAGAUAUCAAAGAUUAUCAACAACAGAGAAUGAAAUCAAACAACACUUUGAACAAUUACAUCAAUAUCUAAUCAUUGAAGAACAUAAACUACAAAGAGAUAUUAUCAAUGAUAAACAUACAAUCACAAAUCAAAUCGAUAAUAAUGUUAAUCAUUUAAAAUAUUUAAUAAAUAUUAUAAUGUUAUUUAAUAGAUUAAAUAAUAAAGAUAUUAAUAUUAGUAAUGAGGAUACAUCAAUUAUAACAGAUACAACAACAUUAUAUUCAACAACAACAAUAAUGGAAUCAAUAACAACAAGUUCAUCAUUACAAUCAUUCAUCAAUCAUAAUAAUCAAACAUUAUUCAAUGAAUAUAAUAAUUAUUUCAAUAUUGAUGAACUUCUCAAACAACAUUCCAACGAUUCAUCAUCAUUAUUAUUAGAUAUCAUUCAUAAAUACAACAAUCAAUUCAAUGAAUCAACAACAAACACAGACAAUAAUAACUUAACAUUAUCAUCAUAUAAAUUAUCAAUCAAACAACCUGAUUUCAAUCAAUUGAAUUCAAUCAUUGAACAAUCAAUCAAACUUGAUAACAUUGAAUCAACUGAAUCAAUAAAUACAACAACAACAAACAACAAUGAUAAAAUACAAUCUUAUAUUUUUAUAACAAACAAAUCAAAAGGAGCAACACUGAUCAACACAUCAAACAACAAUUCAAUUGAAGAAUUGGAGUUUGAAUAUCAAUUUUCAGAUACUUUCUCCUCUAUUGUUUCAAUUGGUGAAUAUAUCUAUAUAUUCGGUGGAUAUUACAAUCAAAACAAAUGGAUUAUAAUAUCAAUGAAAUCGAAAUCAAUUGAACAUAUUGGUGAUAUCGAAGGAAUCAAAGGUGAUAGUUUAAUAUCAGUUUGUUAUGAUGGUCAAGAUCAUAUCUAUUUAGUGAAUGGCUCAAAGAUAUCGAAUAGAAUUGAUCGGUUCAACAUCAGGACAAUGAAAUUUGAAUCAUAUCAUCAAAUACCUGUUGGAUAUAAUCAUCAAGUAUCAUCAAUGAUCUUCAAAGGUUCAUUAUAUUCAAUAUCAUACGAUAAAAACAAGAUAUUUCAAUUCGAUUUAACAAACAGAACGAUAACAGAUCACCGAAUUGACAUUAUACCAUGGUCAGCAUGUCAUGAUAACAAUGGAAAUUUCUUCAUAUCAGAUGUGACAAACAAAAGAUUCAUUAAAUACAAUGUUGAAACCAAACAAACAAUCAAUCUCAUUCCUAUUCCUCACAAAAAUGCACAGACUUCAUUUUUGAUGUAUCAUCGAGAAUCACCAACAUCAAGUUAUAUCUAUUCAUUUGGUUCAUCUAAUGAUUGUAAUUUCAAAUAUUCAAUUGAAACCGAUCAAUGUGAACCAAUCUUGAGAGAUAUUAAAAAUCAUAAUAGAGCAUUGUGUGCUUCCACAUCAAUUACAUUAUCGAAAAAUCAAUAA